AAAAACUGUAAACAAACUUUUUAGAAAUAGCACGUGUAAUAUAAAUAAAAAAAUAACAUUAGAGCAUUAAAAUCACAUCAAUUUAAUUUGUAAUAAAAUAAGAAACAUUAAAAAUAACGAUGGUUGAAAUCGAUGGUUAUAAAGUUGUUUCCCUGCGUUUAUCACCCGAUGUAGAGCACUGCCAUAGCAUCUAUAUGAAAGAACAUUUCAUACGACUAAUGGAUCCUAAUAAACCUAAAGGGCGAACGUUGUUUUUGUUAAAUAUACCUCCCUAUGUAACUGAAAAAAGUCUAGAGGAAUUUUUCAACCGGACGAGCUCAGUGGUUUCUGUCACAUUUGCUGAAAAACCAGGCAAAAAUGAAACAGACAAAUGGCUUAAAAAUAUUACCGAAUUCAGCAAUAAAGAAACACCCUUUAAAUUUAAAGUAGCUUACGUAGUGUUUAAGACAACCAAUAGCGUGAGGAGAGCUUUGCAAAUUACCAGCAUUGAUUUAUAUGAUGCCACCGGAGAAUCAAUAAUUGACAGUGGCAUGCAGUUGUGGCAUUCGCAAUACCAACAUAAGCUGUUGGAUGUUGCCAAGACUCAAAAGUACAUAGAUGAAUAUAUGGCAGACUACGACGAAAGGGAAAGAGAAGCUGCUGUAGCUGCUAAAAACAGUGUAGCCGACGCCGACGGAUGGGUAACUGUUGGAAAACAAGGUAGAAAUUCAGGAUUUGAACAGAAGGAUACAGUCAUUGGCAAGUUGGAAGAAAAAAUUGAGCGCGGAAGAAAAAAAAAGGAAUUAGCUAAUUUUUACACGUUCCAAAUUAGAGAAUCCAAAAUGAAAAACAUAAUUGAAUUGAGAAAAAAAUUCGAUGAUGAUAAAAAGAAAAUUGAGUCGUUAAAACAGACUCGAAGAUUUAGACCAUUUUAAAUAAAAUGUAUGAAUUGAAAUUUAAUCAACUAAUAAAUAAAAAAUAACAUUUUUAA